AUGGAGAAAGGCAUAAAACCUCCUACUUAUCAUGAGGUAAGAGUUUCUUAUUUUAAAAAGGCGGUUGAGAAGGUUACAGAAAGUUUAGGGAAGUAUAAGAAUGAAUGGGGAAAAUGGGGUUGUACUUUGAUGUGUGAUGGUUGGACGGAUAGAAAUGGAAGGUCACUUACAAACUUUUUAGUUAAUAGUCCAAGUAGGACUGUUUUCUUAAAAUCUGUUGACACGAGUACUGUUAUUAAGGAUGCAAAUCAAAUGUUUAAUUUCCUGGACUCCAUGGUGGAAGAAAUUGGGGAACAUAAUGUAGUUCAGGAAGUGACAGAUGGAUCUUCUAAUCUUGUGGCAUCUCGGAAGUUGUUAAAGAUGCAAAAAAAUGUCACAACUUACAUUUAUAGGCACACAUGGGUCAUAAGCUUGUAUAGGCAGUUUUGUGAUGGGGAAUUGGCACGGCCAGCUGUUACAAGAUUUGCAACUGCCUAUUUGACCUUACAAUAUAUUGAUGCAAAACCUGUCAUGCCAUAUAUAUAUAAAGCAACGGAUAGAACAAAAGAGAAAAUAGCUGCGAGUUUCAAUAAUGAAAAGUCAAGAUAUAUAAAGGUGUGGAAGUUGAUCGAUGAACGUUGGGAUUUGCAGUUACAUAGGCCUCUUCAUGCGGCUACUUACUAUCUUAAUCCAAAGUACCAUUAUCAAAAUAACUUCAAUCCAGAUAAUGAAGUUCUUUAUGGAUUUUAUGUGAUCAUUCAUAAGAUGACUCAAGAUACAAAAACUAGAGUCUUAAUUGAUAGACAACUUGAGAAUUUCAAGGGAGCUAGAGGAAUUUUUUGGAGUGAAGAUGGAAUGCUACUGGUUGUAAAAGAAAUUGGAAAGUUUUUUUAUCAGAUUCAUACUAAGAGAAGAAACUGGUUGGAGCAUCAAAGAUUAAAUGCAGUUGUCAAUGUUAAGUAUAAUCUUCAACUUGAGAUGAGGCAAAAGACUAGAGAGGAGAAGGGAGAUAACUAUAAUCCUAUAUGUUUAUCCGACAUUGAAUCCGAUUAUGAGUGGAUUACUGAAAAAGAGACUUCUUGCUUACCAAAUGAUGAUUCAUGGAUGGAUAUACAUGAGUCGUUUACUCUUGAAGAAGGAGCUCCAAGCAAGAAAAGGAAGCGAGGUCCAAGAAACUUAAAUGCUCGUUCCAAUGUGGGAAAAGGAAAAUCUAUUUGUGAAGAUGAGAGUGUGGUUGAAGAAAUAAUUGCAAUUGAAGAAGAAGGGGAUGAACAAUUGGAGAACGAGGAAGAUGAUCUCAGUGAUGUUGACCUAGAGGAUGAUUGA